AUGGCAGCACCUAAAGAGGAAAGAAUUGCAGUACCAAUAGACGACCCAAAUGCAGAUACUGAAUGGAAUGACAUCCUGCGCAAACACGGCGUCAUCCCCGAGAAACCUCCCUCUCCAACCCCAUUAAUCGAAGAAGCAAUCCUCGAAGGCCGCCGCCUGGCCCACGAAAACCGCCUCGAAGGCAAAGACCUAGACGAGCUUGACGAACUCGAAGAUUUAGAAGACGAAAACUUCCUAGAAGCGUACCGGCAGCAGCGAGUGCAAGAACUUGCGUCACUCACAAAGAAAGCGGUUCAUGGCACCGUGUAUCCGAUUUCGAAACCGGACUACUCGAAAGAGGUAACGGAUGCGAGUCAAAAUGGGCCGGUUCUGGUUAAUUUGACGAGUGGGCUGGGGACAAAUAUUGAGAGUAGGGUUUUGACGGAGUUGUGGAGGACGGCGGCGAGGGAAUAUGGGGAGGUGAAGUUUUGCGAAAUUAGAGGGGAUAUGGCGAUUGAGGGGUAUCCGGAUAGGAAUUGUCCGACGAUCUUGGUGUAUCAUAAGGGAGAUAUUGUCAAGCAAGUUGUGACGCUGAUGACAAUGAGCGGUGUCAGAAUUGGCAUGCCGGAGAUUGAUAAAUUACUGGUGGAAGUGGGUGCAGUGAAGGACAAUGAUAUGAGGGACAUCAAGAGGAUACGGGAUGCUGAGGAGAGAGACGAGGAAAGAAAGGAGCAUGGUGGCAUUAGAGGAGCACAGAAGGCGAAAGUUGAGGAUGAGGACGACGAUGAUUGG